AUAUCCUUUUUUGUUUUAAAAUGGCGGCAGCUAGCGUGCUUCAAAAAGGCUUCGCUUUCCUGUUGUAGCUCGAAGCUGUUUUCAAAACAACUUAAUAAUAUUGCUGUUAUUUUCAGCGAACAUUUGUAUAUUUCACUGUUUUCGCUUUUAAUUUAAUAUGGAGGAACUAAAAUCGUACUUAAACGGUAUCGUCUGCGCGACAUGCCUAACAAGUGAUCGAGAAUUGCACCAUAUUCAAGAUCUUCCAAAAAUACAAGAGUUAUUGCCGGAUAUACAUUUGAAUGCUGAAGAAGAUAAGGUGUGCUGGGAAUGUGUUUCUUCCCUGAAGAAGUUCAUCAAGUUUCGCCAAAAGGCCUCGGAGGCUCAGCAGAUGUUUACCAAUUUUGUGGAAGGGAAAUUAACCUCAAUAAAGUCAUUCUCAAAAUUAAAAUGGGAAAUAAUGGUCGAUGGAGUCAAAAUUGUCACAGAGGACCAAUCCAGCCGAGUAGAGAUUCAGAGUGAAGAAAACCAAGAAAAUGACGAAGAAAACGAGGAAUCUGAGGAAAAGAAUGCCAACAACACUCUUUAUGAAGAGAUGAAACAUGGAGACGAUGAAGAAUAUGGUGUAAACUAUGGUUUUAAUGGCAGCCGUGAAAAUAGUCAGACAGAACUAAGUUAUGGACUUAAAAUGGAAAUUGAUGAGUCUACAUUAAAUACUGAAGAUAGCAUACGAAAUUACGAUGACGACGAAGAUCUUCUCAUACAGAAUUUACCUGAAAAUUUCAACAUUGACGAUGAAGAAACUAAUAAGUUGAUUGAAAAUACUCUUGAAGCAUUCCUUCAAGAUCUUACAGUUAGAAAAAAAACUAAAGUGAUAAGAAAAAAUAGUGAAAUCAUUGAUUCUGACCAUGGAGUGAAUGAAAAUGAAGAUUCAUACAUCGAACUGCAGGCUCAGUGUCGUAAAAGUAUUGACAUACCAAAAGGUAGAGCUCUGAAUCGUUAUAAGAAUGUGUCCAGGAGAAAGAUUACAAAAGAAGAGAUGGAACAAAUGUUGGAAAGGGAAAGAGAGAAUAAUUGUUACAAGAAUGCAUAUUUUAAAUGCGAAAAAUGUGUUUACGGUUAUGAUAAUGUUAAUCAGUACACCGAUCAUUUGGUGAAACAUGAUGAGAAACAAGGUUCUGAGAUAUGUUCUAUUUGCGAUCAGAGAUUUCCCACCAGAAAAACUGCUAUGGACCAUUAUCUCCAUCAUUUUAUGGCUUUCUAUUGUACCGAGUGUGGCUACACUAGCCGGUUUCUGCGUUUCCUCAAGGCCCACCAAGAGAAGAAGGAGUGUAGAUCAAAAACGUACCCCAUAUGGUUCUACUGCGACGAAUGCGACCAGAAGUUUGCCUUGGAGAGCCUUCUAACACACCACAAGAAGUCCAUACAUCAAGUGAAAUACUCCUGCAAGUAUUGCAACAAAACAUUCACGAAGGACUACAGCAGGAAGUUACAUGAACAAAUUCACAAAGGUCGUCAAAGCGUUCAGUGUGACAUAUGCAAGAAGUUCUUUGUGAACAAAGUCAGUUUCCAAUUCCACCUCAAGAAUGUACAUGACUUUACGAUACGUUAGAGCCACAAUGAAGACAUAACUUCGAUGAUUCGUCAAAACAAAUCGCGUCCUCCAAAGACUCAAUCCCAAAAACGGAUAACAUAUCCAAAUUGAGUGGUAAGAAAGCAAAUUGUCUUUCAAUUGAAAUCGAUGUACAAAACUCGUUAACACAUCGUUUUGAAAAUAAGGCACUAUAAAAAUGAUUCAAAAGAACAGUUUCAUGAAAACUUGCCACAUUACUUUGGCAAUCAACAAUAACGACGUCGUUAUUUAAUUUUAGUAAAGAUUCUUUAAAGUAAUGUUUGAGUGCUAAAUCUGCUCGGAUUUUGUAUGGAUCGUAACUUAUUGUUGUACCUGCCAAACAUUUAAUGUACAUUGAGAUUAAUUCAGAGCUGAACAUGUUAAUCAAAUCAUGUAUAUAUUGAUUUUGAAUAUAACCGAAACACAAAAGAAAAAAUGUUGAAUCUAGUCCGCACGUAUUUAUAAUUUUUGUUUGUCUAUUAUUAACUUCAACAGUAGAACAUAAGUUACCGUUUUGCAUAUGUUUAAUUUGUUUAAGUAUUUUAGUAGCUGUAUCGUCAUCUGUACCUUCUCCUCUCCAAUUUUCAACUAAUGAAGGCUUAUCUGAAAAAACGGAGUCCUCAUUAAGUACUUUAACUAACUUGGCCUUUUUUAUAAUUUGUUUUUUCUGAGAAUGUUUCCUUUUUCUUCUAUUAACACCUGUUUUCUUCACAACUUUAUUGGUAACUCCAUUUUCUAGGUCAACUUUUGAGGACUUAAGGUCACCUUCUAUAUAUUGUGCAAAAAUCUGAAUGAAUUCAUCUAUUCUGUAUUUCUGUGUUUUAGUUUUGAAGAUUAAAUGUUUAAUUGUUUUAAAAAAGCUUUCCACACCCGCAGACGAUGGAGUCAGAUUGUCAGAUUUAAAAUGAGAAACUAAUAUAUUAGACCAUAGUGGAAGUUUGAAUAAUAUCCUACGCAGUGUAGCCGCAAUUGUCGGCAAAUAGAAUGGAUUGUCUUCUCUAGCAUCAGUAUCGUGAUUAUCGUUAUUGUUUUUUUUAAAAGAACUUCUUUAUCAAACCAAGAAAAGAAAUCGUUAUUAACUUCAUGUUCCUCAAUUACAAAAUCUAUACUCUCGGUGUGUUCAUUAUCAUCUAAUGGUGGAGAACAAACGUCUUUAUUUUUUAAAAUGCUGUCGAGUUUUCUUUUUGUAAAAGAUAUUUUUUUACUGUAGCACACGUCUAAUAUGUCCUUAAUAGUACUUUUCAAAUUAUCAAAAUCUUCACAUUUUUUUAAAUAAUAUAUGCAUCUAAUAUAGAAUAAUUUGAUUUCAUUGUCAAUUCCUUGUAGACAUGGUAAAUUGUGCAACGUUUUGAUGAAGUGGCUCGUAUCGAGUCUAACAUAAACAGGUGGCAUUUCUAGAUUGGUUCCACUCAAAAUAUAAAAUAAAUGUUCAAUGUAUGUUUUAGUAGAAGUGAAUUCAGUAAAAGUUGUGAUCACAGCUGAUAUUAAUGCUGCACAAUCAUCAGUUAUGACUUCUUGAGGCUUCAUCCCAUCUACACUAUAAUUCCAGAUCCUUAACCAAUUACAAAUAGAUACAUGGCUAUGAGAAUCAGUUACCAUCUGAAAAAUUGGGACGGAACGCAAAUUUUUAUCGCACGUGAUUAGUCCUUGGUACAAAAACAGACGUUUGGUAAUAGUUGCACCAUUUGGAAGAGAAACUGCUUUAAAAAUUGAGCCUGUAGCAUCAAUAGUUAUUGUUGACCUAUUUGUUGUUUCACAGUACACUUUGUAGAAAUCAACUUGUUGUUGGCUCCAAAAGUGGACAGUAAAAUUUGGAAAUGUAAUAAUUUGGCGAAAUAAAUUUUUGUAUUUGUCGUCAUGAGACAUAGUCAACAAAGAUAAAACUACAUCAUUGUGAAAUUGCCGGCCAAUCCUUUCAUCUGACUUAAUUUUCCGUAGGGCACUAAUAGUUGGUAAUACCGGUGGAGAUGAUACAUUUUUUAAAUCAUCAGGUCCCUCAGAUAAUAGCUCAGAAGCUAAAUCUUUGUGCACUGCGAUAGCCGGUCUGUGUUUUAAUAUCUUCGCUAACUUUUGUCGCUUAUACGGGCUCAGCUUAGAUUUUUUUAAGACAUUGUGUUUGUUUUCGAGACAAAAGUUCGAUACACUGCAGGAGGCUGUAUGAAAAUUGUGAGUCCUUUUAAAAAUAUUAACAUUGAUUUGUGCAUUGCACUGAGAACAGUGGCCUUUAACUACGACUUGUUCACUUGAAAUUUUGCUCGUCUUUAGAACCCAUGUGCACGGUAAUUUUGAAUUCAGCCAAAUAUUUUCUUUUAGCAUUGUCGACCAUUUAAAUUUAGGUAAAGUUAAAUAAGUCCUGUAGCGGUUAGAAUCACACCGUUUCUUGAUAGAUCGAACGGGUUUAAUUUUUUCCCACUCAUGUACAUCAAUAUCAAACGAGAAUGAUGAAGAAUUAUUGACCGACUCUUUAGCAGACACAGAAUCAGCAGUUGUUGUGGUGUCUAUUGAAGGGUUGGUGUCGAUAACAUCGCUGGACAGGUUUUCUGUACUUAUAGAACAGCGAUGCCGCAAGAAUGACAUGUGCAGAGCUUUACUAGACAUUCUUCCAUUAAUUUCUUGAGACAUUUUUAAAAAUAUUGGAUUGUUAUAUUUAAUGUGUACAUCUUGCAGAUUAGCUAUAUAUUUUGUAAAUAAUGAUAUUUGUUCUUCUAUUGGAACAGAUGGUAUGCGUCCUCUUGGCAUGGUUAUAGGUCUGUUGAGAAAAAUCCCUAUUAUAUUAUUAAAUAAAAUAUACGUUAUCAAUAAUUUAGAGAAGAUUUUAAUCAAAUUUCAUAAUAAAGACAUCAUACAUCUGGUAAAUUACAAUAGUACACUAUAACAGGCACUUAUGCGUUAAAACAUUAUAGAUACCUGGGCGAGAAAAAUCUGACAUCAGUGUAGGUCAGAUAUACACGUGAAAAAAAUCAAUAUCAUAGCAGUAUAUUCAACUUUAGGAGAAAUUUAAUUAGUGUGUACCUAAUAGUAGUUGUUAAAUUAUAAGACUAGGUAGGUACAUAUCGAAAUCAGACUUACUUUAAAUCAAAAGUUUGAUUUCCUUGAACGCGAGUGUCUUGCUUGUACAAAGAUACGAUUGCACAUUAAAUAUUUAUAAAUGCAUUAACGUAAUUAUCACUGUUUCAUAGAACUCGCAACAAAUCCUUAUCACCAAUCACUUCCGAUGCACUCACAUAAACGAUAUUGCUUACUAAACUAAUAGCGACUAUUGUGCAACACAAAAACAUCACUCAGAAUUAACACUACCUUAAAAAUAAAAGGUGGGCAAAAACAAAAUUAAUGUCACCCUACCCACAUACAUUAAUAGUCAAUUCAGUGUAAAUUAAAAUUUGUUGUUUUAACGUAAUUAUUAUUAUUAACAAAUUAUAUCAAUUAUUUAAAAGGGUAAAUGAAGUCCAACGCUGCUUCCAUUACAAAUUUUAGACAUUUAAAAAAAAACAUUCUGAAAAAGCUAUUUUUAGUAAUAAUUUUUAGUAAGUUAUGCAAAAUGUUGUCACCCUAUUUCAUUAUUUUCAUACUAAAUUAAAAUUGAUUUUCUUAUACAAUAAAAGAUGUUUUUAUUAACCAAUGGUACUGUAUUUGUAGCACAUUUUUUUCCACAAAAGGAGACAAUUUUGUGUUUUUGUUAGCUAUCAUACGUUAAGCGAAACAAAACGAAAACCAAAAAGUGGACGACUGAGGGUCCGAAUUUUAACUAGGUGAUAAUUUUUAACCAACAUGAUAUCGUGAUCUGUUAUUUCUUUCACAAAAUGUCACAAUUUAUAUACUAUAAUAUAGGGUUUCAAAGAGUAGCCAGAAGUUAAUGGUUUUGUUAUUAUAAGCGUAAUAAUCUUUCCACGUGAGGGUCCAUUUUGAACGCAGGUAUGGAAAAUAAUACAAUGUUUUUCUUGUAAUUUCUUGUGUCCGCAAUUUUUGCUUGGCAUUAUCUUACAUUUUGGCGUAAAGACUUUUUCUUUAGUGCCCUUAGUUUAUCCGGUACAAGUGGACCCUCAAUCCUCUAUGUGCGGAUUGAGGGUCCAACUUUAAAGCCCAUAAUUCCCUUAUUUGAUUUUCACAAAAUCUGGUUCCAACUUUCACAAUUCUUUGGGAAUCUUCACUAAAUCCUGAACAUGUUUUCAAAGAAAUUCGAGAGAGUGGCCCUCAGAGCACACGCACAUCUAAUUUUGACUUUAAAAAAUAUUGGCAGAGACCUAUAGGCUGGUGGUACCGUCUAAAGAUUAGUCAGCGUGUAGAACAAUGAAAAUAUUGCUAAUUUAUUUGUCUUAAAAUAUGUAUUAAAAAAUGUAACUAUACCAUAUCUCCACAACUUAUGAGUAAAAAGUUAAGUGCGUUUAAGGUUAAUAUGGUGUAGAAAGAUAAACAAAACGUUUUAUAUGCAGAUAAUAAAACGUUAUAAACGAAUUACGUAGGCCGCAGCCGGAGUAUUUAAAAAAAAACAAUUUUUAAAAUAAAACUUUAUUUGAAGUUUCAAGUAAUUACAUUAAAAUAUUAAUUCUAAAAUUAGUCUUAAGUUCGGACGAUGCUAGUACCGAAGUGCACAAAAUUUCCCAAUAAUGCAAGUGGUUCGAUCAGGACACGCGGCGUCGACUCAUCAGUCACGCGGCGUGGCCGUAUGUAUCAUUCCCGCUGACUCUGCUUCCUUCAUGUUGCGAAAAUGUAGGCUUGUGGAUAUUGUCAGCGAUAUCUAUACUAGCUUCAGCUAUAACAAACGUCAUAUUGACUUUACUAACUUCAAUGUCACUGUCAACAAGUCAACACAGAUGUUUUUGUUGAAUUUCAAUAUGAUAUAUAUGUAUUUGUAUGAUUUGAUCGUAUAGUUAAUUCCGGACCCAAGGCACCCCUGGUGGGCGCCAUGUGACCAUGGGAACUUUAAUCCGGACCCAUGGCACCCCCAGUCUUCAAACAGUGUACCAGUGGUAUCACAAGUUCAAUUUUAGUAGUUCCCAUGAAACUAUCAAACGAAAAGUGACGAUUUAUCACUGUCGAUAAAAAUUAACAUUCCGGAUAUAUUUCAUUUUAAUAUUUAUUUAACGUAUUUUUUCUAAUGCGUGGCCUAAUGUAAUUUCGUGGUUCAGAAAUUGCAAUAGAAUGUGCACUAUUAAAUCAUCAUUAUUAAAGUAUUGUCUGCUCGUUUCUGUUUUUUAGGCACUGCGUUCAUAUUGUGGAUAUUCUGCGUUACAUUUAGUAAACGCAUCACGGUAACAGUAUUUUUACUGAUCAAUUUGUUUAAUUUGGAGUGGUAACCUUCGAGAACGUUAUUGGUCCUAUGACGCUCUCCAAAGUCGCUAAAAACGCAGGUGAAUGUACGUUGAGCCAAAAUUUUUCUAUAUAAUUGAUGAAUUUAUUCAUAUCAACAAUACAUUCGGAUUUGACAUAUUCAAAGGCCUCUCGAAUCUGGUCAGAUGGAAGAAGUGGUAAAGCUGCUGUUAGGCCCACAAUUCUUCUUUCAGCCAUUGUUUUUGUAUGCCCUAAAGACUUAGCUUUUCGCCAUAUAUUUCGCGUCCAGUGAUAGUGGCAUCCUUUUACCGUGAUUUUGGGAAACACUUAAUAACGCGUUAAAUGCUCCUAUUUCGUAGUCACAAUGUACUUUGAUGGGGGCCCAUUGUGAUAUUUGCGAUUUAAUUAGGUUUAAAGGCUUCGAUGAACAGGAAAUGCACUCGAAACUUCGAUCCUGUGUGCCUUGAUGUUACAAUAGCAAACUCCCGACAUAAACGACGACUAAAGGACCUUUAUUGCUCUCGAAACAGAAACUAUAUUUUGUAACAAAUGUAAAUCACUGUAAAUAAAUUUACUUUAAAGAAAACUGCUUCUUUCAGUCCUUCAGCAUGACUUUAUCAUACAUAAAUAAUUAUCCUUGUUGAUAUUUACCCAUUAAUUUCCAUAAACAAAUGCAAAUUUUGUACGAUAUCAACACCGCCCUUGACACCUGUCAAGUGGCAGUGACGCUGACAUAGAACCGUGUAAAGCCAAUAUCGAUCCACUGUCGAGAACGAAAUUCACAUCGUUACAGAGUCUUAAUUGUCACUCUGUCUACGUGCUAUGGAGCUUCCACAUAAAAGACACAUGAGCAUGGCUCCUGUGACUUGGUCCAGCUUGAUGUUCUCCACUACUAGAAACUUCUUGCUGUAAAGUUUCAUUCACAGCAACCAUUGCAAGAUCUCUACAUGCUUCACAUACAACAUCUUCUUCAGUAAUCUAAAAAAAUAAUUAAACAUUAAUAAAUGGCAAUGGCUAAAUGUUUACUUCUCUCUCAUGUGAUCCUUGUAUAAUAAUGAUGCUUUUUCUGCACAUAGUACGAUACCUAGUAAAUGGAUUUACGAUAUUGCAUGUAGCAAGCUAGGGUUACUUACUAUUUCUGGGUAGGUCCAGCUACAGAUUAAACUGGUGAUCCAGGACAUGAUAGCGGCGCAGUGUUUACGCAAAUGUUACAAGUAACACUUACUUUGUAAUUUUACAAUUCGAGUUCUUCUGUAACGAUCUCCCCCCGCUGCGUUUGGUUUUGAGUUUGACACGCCGCGACAUCCUCCGCCGCGUUGGAAGCCUCAUCAGCUUCCAAAUGUGCCAAAGGUAGAAGGCACAUUCUUGAUAAGGACCUCCUCACGAGGCCUUUGGUAGUUGUCACGUCACGGGUGACGCCGUCGGAGCCUGGAGCCUAAGACGCAACGCGUACAUGCGCCGACGGCUUGAUGGGCUCUGCUUGGGAGAGCGAGUUGCGGCCGCGUCGCUGGGCGGAUGCGAACCGCGCGCCGCGCACCUUCCCCUCGCUGCGUUUAGUUUUGAGUUUGACACGCCGCGACAGCCAUGUUGAAUUUAGAAACGGAAGCAAAAUCAAUGUCCAAGAUGCGAUAGCACAGUCACUUAUGAGGCAAAAUCGAAAUCCUUCAAGGCACGCACGGGUCACACAAAGCGAGUAAAAGUCCAGUCGAAUAAAAGAAGAAACAAUUUAAAACAAUUCGAACACAACAAUCACACAAAGCGAGAGAGCAUUUGUGAUUGAUUACACGAUGUGACGUUUCAUGUCGGGCGCUGCCACUUGAUAGUAACAUUUAAGUGUUGCCAUUAUAAUAAAAGAAAAAGUGCCAUAACCUUAUUAUGGUUUGUUAGCAUUUCAAAACAUACAUUGAUAAGUACGUCAAAACAUAAUUAUAAGGUGGGUGGACCAUGUAAGGCCACUCUAACGAAUAAACAGAUUUUAUUAGUUUAUUUACUGGAUAAAUAAAAGAAAGUAAUCAUUAAUUGACACUUUGUUUUAAUGUGUAUCAUAAAAAAUAGGUACUUUUUUUUAUUCUAGAUGUAAUCACUAUUUCUUAAACUUAACUUUUAUAAAGCUCUUCUAAACGGCCUUGUAAGAAACAAGGCUCCAUACAAGGCCAAUAUUAUAAAUCAGUCGUUUAACUUAAAACUAGAAUUGAAAUAAUCGAAAUAUUCGCUUUUACUAAAACCACAGAUAAAGCUCUUUCAUUUAAAUGAAAAAUUAAAUGCCUUACAUAUUAUAAUGGUCUUUAAAAAACUCAACAAACAUUCCUUGAACAUCAUCAUAAAACUAAGAAUAUAUUAAUGGAAAUAAAAAUUAUAGUCGUGAGUAUUAUAUCGAUAACAAAUAAGUUUCCAAUGCGUUUUACAAUAAAAUAAUUAAUAUUUUUUUAAACCCGUAAUGGCCUUCUUAUGGGUCCGUUCUUUGUAAGGCCAAAAUGUUCUUAAGAAGGCCAAACUAACAAUUAUCAUCUAUGACAUAUUUUUUUAUAUUGAAUGUAAUACCUGAUAGACAGUAAAGACUAUGUUCUCUAAUUAUUAAAAAAGUAUAAAUGGCACAUAAUCAGUCUUGUAGUCAAAAAUAUUUCAACUCAAUAAUACCUAAAAUUAAAAAACGAAAAAAUAAGAAAGUAAUAACUAAAAUUCGGAAACAAACUUAAAAACUAAAAAGGGUAACAACUUUGGAUAUUUUAAUCACAAUCUGAGCAUAAAAAUGCGAGAUCUUUUUUAGUGAGACCAACACACUCCUCGUGAUACCACUUUUGACAUUCGCUGCAUUGCCUCAUGACUUCGAUUCUACACUCACCACAUGCGCGGCAGUACCAUUCCUUUUCUUCACCUUCUGCACUUCUCUUAUCUAUUAAUCUUUUGCUUCCUGUUUUCAAUCUUUUGCUUUCUUUUUUCACUCUUGCUGUUUUGUUGUUGUGCUUUUCUUUUUAGUAAUUUUAUGGAAUCAUUUUCAUUUAGAUUUUUCUUUUUUCUUACUUGUUGUUUGUUUCAACUCGUCCUUUUUUACUUCAGUUUUAAAUAAAUCUUUAACUAUUCUUUGUCCUUUAUAAUUAAUAGCUUUUUGUCGUGGACGAGUAGAUUUUAUCUUAGCGUAGUUUGGAGUAGGCAAAAAAGUAUGAAACGAUUUUUCCUGAAUUAGGUGAAUUAACGGCUCGUCAUCAUCCGAAGAUCCAGAGGGACUUAUCUCAUGACUUUUUUUUUGAGCUUUUGUUUUAGGUCUGAUUAAUUGUUUUUUUGGAGUGAUUCGUUCUUUCUGAUCGGGAUCUUCAUGAGAUGACGAAGAAGAAGUGUAUAAUUCGGAGAUUUGAAGUUUACUCAUGUAGUUAUUUUUAAUAAAUGAUUCACUAAGAUUCAAGUCAAGAUCAGAUUCAGGACUAGAAUAAUCGUAAUUUUCUUGUAGCCCGGACGUACUCGGAACCGGAUUAUCAUAUAGAGACGGUAGAGCCUCAUCAAUCGUAUCUGCGUCGUUGAACCGGUCUACUGAAGUUCGCAGAAUGUGGCCGCACUGAUCAUUGACCGAAUUAUCUAAUUCCAUGUCAGAAGCAUCAGUUGAAGGACUGUAAGGAACAAGAAUUACUUUUCUAUUUUCUGUCGCAGCUGAAAAUAUUGGCGAUGUUGAUACGGUUUUCUCUUCGGAUGUUGAUGGAAAAAUGGAAUAUACGUAAGCAUGAGCUGGCCUGCUUUCGUCUAUCAGCGACGGAGAUGACAAUUCAGAUACAGGAGACGAUACUUGAACAGGUAGAAGCGGUUGGUCGAUCUCGUUUUGUAAUGUUUCCGGUAAAGGUCUUUUAGAUAUAAUUGAAGGAGCAUAGGCAUCUUCGGGUAUAACAUCAGGAUCAAGAGGGUAUAAGCCAGUGGCUUUGAAUCCAUUUGUUAUAUUGGUUUGCGUUAUACAUUUCGGCCAUGUUCGCGAGAAAAUUUUAUUAAAUGCAACUUUGUUUAAAGUGCUCUCUAGAGAAUUGCUUAGGUAGUUCAACACUUCUUCAUCCCAGUGAUGUUCGAAAGACCGAUUAACUGAUUUGUCCCGAGGUUGGAGUUCGUGCGUAGUGUUAGAAGGUAAGCAAUACAGCACUGUAUUAUUUUUAUCUGCUUCUUCCAGAGCCUCGUAUGUUAAAUGACACUUUGCACCAUCAAAGAUAAGGAGACACUUACCGGGUGCUUUAUGUUGAGCAAAAUGUUGAAUGAACUCUACGAACAAGCUACUGGUCAUGCUGCCUUUGGGUGCCAUGCUCACCUUUGUUCCAUGUGGCAAAUUUGAUCCUAAUUCUGAUCUGUACCUAAUUUCUUUAAAAAUAAUCAUUGGAGGUAUGGCAUUACCGACAGCAUUUACACACAUUGCUACGAGGGCGGUCCGAUAACUACUUAGCCUACCAAAAAAAAAACUAAAAUUUUUGAAAAGUGGCGAUUUAUUUCUCGACAUAGUCUCCUUUUAACUCGAUACACUUCUCCCAGCGAUGCUCCAACUUCUUUAACCCGUCUGAAAAAUACGUUUUCUCGAGGUCUGCAAAGUGGGCUUCCGUGGCGGCUAUAACCUCCUCAUUCGACUCAAAUUUCUGCCCGGCGAGUGACUUUUUCAAGUUAGGAAAUAAAUAAUAGUCGCACGGGGCCAAAUCUGGGGAAUACGAUGGAUGGGGCAGCAGUUCGUAGCCCAAUUCUACCAAUUUGGCCGUGGCGACGGCGGAAGUGUGAGCCGGUGCGUUAUCGUGGUGGAAGAGCACUUUUUUCUUCAUCAAAUGCGGCCGUUUUUUCCGCAAUUCGGCGUCAAAUCGGCUCAAUAAUUCGGCAUAGUACAGCCCUGUGUGCCCUUCGUUUUGCCCUUCUCCAGGUAGUCGAUGUAGAUCACACCUUGUGAAUCCCAGAAAACGGUGGCCAUCACCUUUCCUGCCGAUUGCACAGUCUUUGCCUUCUUGGGAGCACGUUCGCCGGGUGAAGUCCACUGUUUCGACUGUUCCUUGGUCUCUGGAGUGUACCAGUGGAUCCAUGUUUCGUCGACGGUCACGAAACGACGAAGAAACUCCUUCGAAUUGCGCUUAAACAGCGUCAAACACUGCUCUGAAGUGGUUUCACGGUUGCGCUUGUUGUCCGGAGUGAGCAAACGCGGCACCCAUCUCGCCGACAGCUUUCUCAUGCCCAAAAUUUCGUGCAGGAUAUGACCCACGCGGUCUUUUGAGAUGCCUACUGUCUCGGCUAUCUCGCGUACCUUCAAUCGGCGGUCUGCCAAUACAAGGUCAUGGAUUUUUGUAACGUUCUUCUCCGCAGUAGCCGUUUUCGGGGCACCGGGGCGUGGCUCAUCAAAAACUGACGUGCGACCACGUUGAAAUUCAUUAAACCAAUUUUUGACGGUCGCCAUCGAAGGAGAAGAGUCACCGUACACAGCAUCCAAGCGUUCUUUGAUUUCGCUGCGCGAUUUCCCUUCCAAAAACAAGAAUCGAAUCACCGACCGAUAUUGUUCUUUUUCCAUUUUUCUAAAAUUCGCCCACACGCCCGCUUCUACACGCGCUAAAAACAAAACUACAAGUCCUAUUCGACUAAAAUUUUGACAGUAGCCGUCUACGAGAAUGUUCUACACGACAGUAAAUACUUCUUGCAAUAGUAGCGCCAUCGGGCGGAGAGGCUAAGUACUUAUCGGACCGCCCUCGUAAAUCCAGUGGAUAUUGUACAAGAACCCGUCCAGUAUUUUUUAUGGUAUAUACAGACAGACUGCAAGAUCAAGAUUCUAAUGAAUUUUACUCAUGGAAAUAUUAUGCAUGUAAUGCUAGAUUUUUUCUGAGUAUUUCCUUCGGAAGUUAUAUUGCAAAUUCGGUUACCUACUGCAAAGUUUCAAUAAUAGAUAUUAAAUUGCAAACUCUACUUCGCACACAGUACCUACUUACUAUUAUGCAAGAGACAAAUUUUCACAACAAGUAGCUAUUCUAUAAACAUACUCACGGUUCAGAUUGCGACCUCCUCCACCUCCGGCCCAAACUCCACCACUUCCGCGGCCGCCGCCACCACGAUAUUUGGCUGGUUUCAGUGCUGUCAAUAAAUAUCUAUUAUAACCCAUUACCAAGUUAAACACAAUAAGCUAGUGCAAGAAAAAAUGGUUGUGCACGCCGAUGCAUAUAGGUAGAUAUAUGUAUAUCUACCUAUUUGACUGACGUGUGUGUAAUCCUGACGACUGUGACGGUGUAGGUACACCGUGAUAUUUAUAGCUAGCAGAUUUGCCAUGCUACACACAAGCGGAAAACAUUUUCAUUUUGACACAGUGUUAGUAGGUUUUUUAAUGCACAAGUCAGACGAAAAUUGUCAAGACAUUUAGACAUAGAAGCACACCACCCAAACCCCACUAUGGGUACCUGUUGAAUUUCUCGACUUCCCUGAACUGCGUGAAAAAGGUUUGUAUUAUACUCAUUUUUUUAUUUAUUUACCUAACCUAAUUAUAAACCAAACUUACCUGCCCAUUGCCAUUAACUAACGUAAUAAAUCUGCAAACAAUGAAGAUAAAUUAGUUCUAAGUACAUACAUAUAAGUUAAACAUGAUGUUGAAACCAUGAAUAUAAAUUUAAAUUUUGGAAAGCAAAUAAGAAAUACAUACCUUUUACAAAAAUAAAACCACCAACCAUGUGCGUUGUGCGCGCGCCGCCGGAAGGAAUGAUAAGUGAAACGUCACAUUGUUGCACGACAUGCAUAGAACCAGAAUCGAUAGAAUCGAUACGUUUUCGUAAUCGAUUUUUGUAUAUCUAUUUAAGUUACGAACACUAAAAAUUAAAAUACCAUUAUUUUAUUUCUGUUCAUUUAUUACAAGAAAAUAUUUGGUAGGUAUCUUUGCGAACAAUUUGUAACGUCAUAAUUUUUUGUGGUUUAAAAGUCCAAUAUGUGGGGAAGUACGUCCAAAAUGACAUAUCGUUUUAUUAAUCAUCAAUAACUUUAUUAUUAUUCAUAAUAGGAACAUAUUUUUCCUAUUAUGAUGAAAUUUCUUACAACUUUGCUUAUAUUAAUUGGAUAACAGGAAUCAUAUAGAUUUUGUCAGAAAAAUCAACACUUACAAAAAUAUUUAGUAUUAAAUGAAGAUCAAGAAAAAUCCAUUUUGUCCAUACCGUAUGGACAAAACGACACGAGUCGUUUGGACUAAAUGACAUACACAGCCAUCAACAUAACAAAAA